AUGGCUUCGUUGCCUAAGGAGUUCGAGACCUUUGUAGUCAACUACAACAUGCAGCCCGAGACUUGGGACAUUGAAAAGGUCAUCGCAAUGUGCACACAAGAGGAGGAGAGGAUUACGGCCUUACAUGGUGGCUCUCUUAACUAUGUGAAGGAAAAGAAGAAGGGCUUUCUGCCUAACAAAGGUUCCCCCUCCAAGCCACAAGGCAAUGGCAAUGGCAAUGGCAAAGCUCCUGUCCAUUAUCAGCAUAGGCACAUUCCAGUGGACAGGGAAACUGGCGUCCACUGUAAGGAGAAAGGGCACUACAAGAAGGAUUGCCCUGUUUUUCUAAAGACCUUCAUGGCUAAGAGAGGGAACUCCUCAGCUCAGCACCCGGCUCGUGGAAGCAUCGAUCGAUCGAUCUGCAUGAACCCAGCCGCCGGCAUGUUCCCCAUGUUUCCGCCGCCACCGCCGCCGGAGAUGCCUUUCAGCUACCACACGUUCCCCGCGCCCCCGCCGCCGUUCUACUUCCACAAUGCAGCUCCGGUGCCGGUAGUGUGCUCCGUGUGGGCGUCCAACUUCAGGGACGAAUCUCACAACCUCCGCCGCAUGGCCUGGAACGCCAGGUACGUCGCCGUGAACGUGCAGUACCCGGGCCUCGUCCACCACCACGCCGGAAAGGACCACAACGUCCUCACCGUGGAGGAGCGCUACUCCGUCGUCAAGGCCAACGUGGACACCCUCAAGCCGCUCCAGGUGGGCGUCGCCCUCCGCGACGCCGACGGCCGGCACCUCGGCGCGUGGGAGUUCAAUCUCCGUGAUUUCUGCCGGCUGGCCGACCCGUGCGACGGCAACUCCCUCAAGUACCUCGACGACCGCGGUCUCAACGUCGACGAGCUCCGUGUCCGCGGCCUCAGCGCCAAGAUGCUCAGAGAGGCGCUGCUGUGUUCCGGCCUGUUGGACGCUCGGGGUGGGCGAUCGUGGAUCGUCUACGCCGGGGCCUACCACGUUUCUUACCUCCUCAAGCUCCUCACCGGCGGCGCCCCGCUGCCGGAGGACAUGGCGGGGUUCGUCGACGCCGUGCGGAGUUACCUCGGCGACCAGGUCUACGACGUCGCGAGGAUGGCGGCCGACUGCCCGGCCAUGCCGUUGGGGCUGGAGCGCAUCACCGCUCACCUCGGCUUCCAGUCUCCCUUGGGGAGCCCUUGCCUCGCGGCUGCCGCCGGCGUGCACGCGCUGCAGGUCUUCAUGCGGCUCAAGUACGGAGAGUUGGGCGGCGACGUGGAGAGGCACCAAGGCCUGCUUCAAGGCCUGCACUAG